AUGAUUGACAGUGUAACGUCUACGGAUUGGCAUGGCAGUCUGAGUUGUGCCAUCUCCCACCCUGAGCAGGCGGAGAUCGAGAGGCUAGGGAGGCAGCGCCCGGUCGUGUUCAAGACAUUGUGGGCUGAAGUUGGAUUUUGUUUUUCCCUGCUCGCAUCAAUGUUUAUGGCAGAAUACUUCAUCAGUGGAUUCAAUAUAAUCCUUCCGACUCUCAGCACUGCACUUGGGAUACCUUUAGAAUCACGAACGUGGCCUGCGAGUGUCUUCUCUUUGGUCACCGGAGCUUUGGUCCUACCUUUUGGUCGCCUUGCUGAUAUAUAUGGUGGCUAUAUUACUUUUAUAGGUGGGAUUAUAUGGUUCUUCAUCUGGUCACUUAUUGGGGGUUUUAGUCAAAAUUACCUGAUGCUCAUUUUCUGCCGUGCUCUGCAGGGGCUCGGGCCUGCAGCAUUUCUACCUUCUGGAAUAAUGCUACUAGGUAGUAUUUAUAGGCCAGGGCCUCGGAAGAAUCUCGUGUUUAGUCUAUACGGAGCUUGUUCGCCUAUAGGCUUCUUCACAGGCAUAUUGUUUGGCGGCGUCAGUGGGCAGUACUUGCCAUGGGGCUGGUAUUUUUGGCUCGGGGCGAUUCUUCUAUCUCUGGUGUGCUUUGUAGCAUUACUUACUGUUCCUUCUGGUCGAGUGGAUCAUAAGGUUGAAAUGGACUGGUGGGGCACAUUUUUGAUUGUACCAGGGCUACUGUUAGUCGUGUACUCGAUCACCGAUAGCUCACACGCUCCUAACGGCUGGGCAACGCCAUAUAUUUACAUCACCUUUCUCCUCGGCGUCAUUGUCCUCGGCGGUGCCUUUUACGUUGAAGGUUGGGUUGCCGACACUCCACUGCUGCCUUUCGACAUGUUCAGAGUCAAAUGUAUGAAACCUCUGGUUGUCUCCCUAUUUUUCACUUAUGGCGUUUUUGGUGUUUAUCUUUUUUAUGCCAGUUUCUUUGUAGAAACGGUAUUGCAUGUUAAUGCUCUGCAAACAGCGACAUGGUUUGCGCCAAUGGCUGCAGGAGGCCUUAUCCUUGCCAUGGCUGGCGGCUUCACUCUCCAUCUUCUCCCGGGAAAAGUCCUCUUGGUACUUUCCGGAAUCGGCUUUAUCGUCAGUGUAUUGCUUUUUGCAAUUAUCCCAGAAAACCCAAACUAUUGGGCAUACAUCUUCCCUGCCAUGAUAGGUGCCACCUUAGGAGUAGAUGUUACCUACAGUGUUAGUAACGUCUUCAUCACAACGAACCUUCCGAAGCACAGGCAGGGGCUUGCAGGAGCCUUGAUCAAUAGUGUGCUCUUCCUGGGCAUCAGCUUUUUUCUGGGGUUUGCUGAUCUGGCUGUGACAAGCACUGCUCACUUGGGGCUAAGAGGAAGUUACAAGGUGGCCUUUUGGUUUGGCGUCGGCUGUGCGGCAGUCAGUCUAAUUUUGAUCACACUAUUCGUCGAUGUCGGAAGAGCAAAGAGCGAUCUAACGAUCGAAGAAAAGGCCGAGUUGGAGGCUGAUUUGACAGGUAGGUAA